UGCCGAAAGUGCCCAAGAACAAAUGCCAGAGAAUUCACCACACAAUGCCAAGAACAAACAUCAGAGAAUUCAUCAUAGUGCCGAAAGUGCCAAAGGACAAAUGCUGGAGAAUUCACCAUACAAUGCCGAAGAGAAUUUAUCACAGUGCCAAGAACAAAUGCCAGAGAAUUCACCACACAACUCUGAAGGUAUUCAAGAACAUCAAAGAAUUUAUCACAGACAAAUGCCGGAGAAUUCACCACACAAUGCUGAAGGACAAACAUCAGAGAAUUCACCACAUGAUGCCGAAGGUGUUCAAGAACAAACACCAGAGAAUUCAUCACAGUGCCAAAAGUCUCAAGGACAAAUGUCAGAGAAUUCACCACAACACCAAAGGUGUUCAAGAACAAAUACUAGAGAAUUCAUCACAGUGCCAAAAGUGCCCAAGGACAAAUGCCAGAGAAUUCACUACACAAUACCAAAGGUGUUCAAGAACAAACACCAGAGAAUUCAUCAAAAUACUGAAAGUGUCCAAAAACAAACACUAGAGAAUUCACCACAUAACGCCGAAGGUUUCAAGAACAAACACCAGAGAAUUCAUAAUGCCGAAGAUGCCCAAGAACAAAUACUAGGCAUAACACCAAAAUAUUCACCACAUAAUGCUGAAAGUGUUCAAAGACAAACACCCCACAUAACGCCAAAAGUGCACAAGAACAAGCACCAAAGAAUUCAUCACACAAUGCCAGAGACAAGUACCAAAGAAAAAGAACUCACUACACAACAUCGAAAGUGUUCAAGAAAAAUUCACUACACACCGCCAAAAGUGCCCAAAAACACGCACCAGAGAAUUCACCACAUAAUACUGAAAGUGCCCAAGGACAUGCCCAGAGAAUUCACUACACAACGUCAAAAGUGCACAAGGACAAGCACUAGAGAAUUCAUUACACAAUGCUGA